CGAAUGUUGUACAGGAGAAAUGCGCGUUCGCGCUUUCGAUCCGUUUGGUUUAGAUGCACGCUCGUUCCGCACUCGCAUCCACAGGGGGGCCUUGACGACUCCUCUUCGACUGUCAAGAAAGCGCACCGUAUAACGGCAGCUUUUGCUAUCCAAUAAACCUGUCUUUGAUCUGAAGGCAAAUACGAGCCCCCCUCCCGCCAAAGACUGAGCGAAGUCGACUGAUUUGUGGACAGAAACGAUGGCGGAAUCGGGCAGCAGCGCGGCGGCGGUCGGAGCCGCGGGCUCGAAUAGCAGCGCCGCCGGGACCGGAGGAGCCGUCGCACCCGGGGGACCAAAUGGAGCGGCGGGAUCCAAGCCUGGCCUGGAGUCGGUGAAGGGACAAAAUUUUGACGUUGGCCCCCGAUACACCGAUCUCCAGUACAUCGGGGAGGGGGCCUAUGGAAUGGUCUGCUCAGCUUUUGAUAAUGUGAAUAAGAUCCGAGUGGCCAUUAAGAAGAUCAGUCCAUUUGAACAUCAGACCUACUGCCAGCGCACCCUGAGGGAGAUCAAAAUCCUCCUGCGGUUCCGUCAUGAGAACAUCAUAGGCAUCAAUGACAUCCUGAGAGCUCGCCGCAUCGAAUUUAUGAGGGAUGUCUAUAUCGUACAGGACCUGAUGGAGACCGAUCUUUACAAAUUGCUGAAGACACAGCAACUCAGCAACGACCAUAUCUGCUACUUUCUGUACCAGAUCCUGCGAGGGCUGAAAUACAUUCACUCUGCCAAUGUCCUGCACAGAGACCUGAAGCCUUCAAACCUUCUCAUCAACACCACUUGUGACCUCAAGAUCUGUGACUUUGGCCUGGCACGGAUAGCCGAUCCAGAACAUGACCACACUGGAUUCCUCACAGAGUAUGUGGCUACUCGCUGGUACCGUGCCCCUGAGAUCAUGCUCAACUCCAAGGGCUACACCAUGUCCAUUGAUAUUUGGUCUGUGGGUUGCAUCCUGGCUGAGAUGUUGUCCAACAGACCCAUCUUCCCUGGAAAGCACUAUCUGGACCAGCUCAACCACAUAUUGGGUAUUUUGGGCUCCCCCUCUCAAGAUGAUCUAAACUGCAUCAUCAACAUGAAGGCCAGGAACUACCUCCAGUCUUUACCCCAGAAACCGAAAAUCCCAUGGACCAAGCUGUUCCCCAAAGCAGACAACAAAGCUCUGGAUUUAUUGGACCGCAUGCUAACCUUCAACCCCAUCAAACGUAUAACCGUGGAGGAAGCACUGGCCCACCCCUACCUGGAACAGUACUAUGACCCCACUGAUGAGCCGGUGGCUGAGGAGCCCUUCACUUUCAACAUGGAGCUGGACGACCUUCCUAAAGAGAAGCUGAAAGAGCUCAUCUUUCAGGAGACGGAACGCUUCCAGGCCAACUACCAGGGCUCUUGAGAGGGACAGCCAUCAUUGAGAAUAAUGGAGCAGCGUGGAGUCUCAGAUAGAGAUAACUCCUGACAACCUGCGAAAACAUAUACAUGCAUAUAUACAUUUAAAAAAAACAAAAGUUUAAAAGAGGAAAAAUGUACAUUUAAAAACUUCAACUUUGUUUUAUCUGUCCAUCUCUCUUUCUUGCUGGGAAGCUGUGCGCUAGUUUGGGCUUCUAACAUCUUAUCAUAAUGCCAUUAAUGGAGGCCGUCAGACUGUCUAUUCUCUUCGCAUACCGCACACAGCUCCUGCUCUCUGAAACAAUUGCAUCUUUCACCCUUUCUAUCAAUACCCUGCUUCUCUCUGUAUCCGUCUCUUUCUCUUUAUGUCUCUCUCGAAGGGUGUCUCUUUACUGGUCUGUGCUGUUCUGGGUGUUUUUUUUCUUCCCAUUCCAACAGAGAUGGAGAGAGAAAGAGAAUCUCUACGAUGGGCACUGACUAGUGUGUGUGUGUAUAUAUAAGUGGUUUUGAGUUUCAUUGGAGUAUUGUAAGUUGGCGAUCUGUAUGUACACUGUAAUUUGAACGUUAAGAUCGGUUACAAAUCGUGUUUUGUAAUGUUGGGAAUUUAUAUUUGAAAAUCUUUUGAAAUAUAAAGUCAUUGCUUGUG